GAUCUCUUCACGAGAGAAGCGACCAGGACAAGAUGAUUGAAACGCUGGUAAAUACUGAAGCUCAGGAACUGCUGUACCAGCUGACAGCCUUGUUGGAACAGGAGUUAAGAUGUCAGCCAAAAGUUUCUGGCCUGAGACUAAUUGAAUCUGCUCAUGAUAAUGGUCUCCGAAUGACUGCACGGCUGCGAGACUUUGAAGUGAAAGAUCUCCUCAGCUUAACUCAAUUCUUCGGUUUCCACACAGAGACGUUUUCACUAGCUGUGAAUUUCCUAGAUAGAUUCUUGUCAAAAAUGAAGGUACAGCCUAAACACUUGGGCUGUGUUGGACUCAGCUGCUUCUACCUGGCUGUGAAGGCAUCAGAAGAAGAAAGAAAUGUACCCCUAGCCACUGACUUAAUUCGAAUAAGCCAAUAUAGGUUCACUGUUUCUGAUAUGAUGAGAAUGGAGAAAAUAGUAUUGGAGAAGUUGUGUUGGAAAGUUAAAGCUACAACAGCCUUCCAAUUUCUACAGCUAUACCAUUCACUUAUUCAUGAGAAUUUAAGCUGUGAAAGGAGAAAAUACCUUAAUUUUGAGAGACUUGAGACCCAGCUUAAGGCAUGUCACUGCAGAAUCAUGUUUUCUAAAGCCAAGCCUUCUGUCUUGGCACUAUCUAUUCUGGCACUAGAAAUAGAAGAACAAAAGCUGCUGGAAUUGGCAGAGGCAUUGGAAUUUCUGCAGUUGCAUUCCAAGAUAAACAGCAGAGAUCUGACCCUCUGGAAGGAACUGGUAUUGAAGUGCCUUACUGAAUAUUCCUCAAGCAAGUGUUCCAAACCAAAUGUCCAGAAACUGAAGUGGAUUGUGUCUGGGCGUACAGCACGGCAGCUUAAACAUAGCUACUACAGGAUAACACACCUUCCUACAAUUCCAGAGACCAGCUCAUAAUAGGAGUACAAUAAAAGGAGGAGAGAACCAUCCUGAGACCAUGACAACAGACAUAGGAAUAAUUGAGAAACAGUCUGAAACAUGAUCUCAAUAAUGAAGUACUCAACUCAUGGAAAGAAUAUGUAACACUUCAGACUAAAGAUCCUUCCAGCAAAUGUGUUCUUUUCAUGACGAUUACAACAGUAUUCAGUGUCAGUUUUCAGUCUUGUUAGACUGUUUACUGUUUAGUGAAACACCACACUUAGUUUGUAGAGCAGCUUCUGUAGUCUAAUGACCUGCAGGUGCUGAAUUACAGGUUUAAUUUAAAAAAAAAAGUUACUUCACUUUCUAAAGAUUGUGACACUAGGGAAAACAUCAUGUGUAAGUACCACAGUGCUGCAGAGUUUCAGUUAAACUAAAGACUAAUCCCACUCCAUAUUGAUGACAACAGCCAAUGCCUGUCAGUCCACCUGACAUGCUGUUUAGGCACUGUCAUGUAUCCACACGCUCCUCCUAGGCAGGCCGCUGGCCCACCACAGACAUGAAAAACUAGGCUACAUGAUACCUGCUGAACCCAUCAAGCAGACAGAGCAAGAGAAAAGAGCUACCUAAUUUAAUUGCCUUAUUAAAGGUAGUCACUGACACAGCAUCAGUAACUUCAGUGUUCGAGGUGUAGUUGACUGAGCUUACAAAUUAUUUCAGAGUGUAAAAAUUUUGCGAUACCCACUGAAGAUUGAUGAAAUGUGCUGGGUCACCUGCCCCAAAUGCAACACCAGUUUCCCCAAUUUUCACUGCAUAAGAGGUAAAUGCUGAACAGGUGCAUUUUUACAGUAGGAGCAGGGCUAAUGUCCCCUCUUGGCCUGUAUCUAGGAGCAAGCUAGAGAAACAAUGAAGAUUGCUUCCACUCUCACUCCUUUAACAGUAAGCUUUGUGGCAUGGAACUAUUUUUUUGAAGAUCAGGUGCUCAAGACUAUAAGUCUGGUGCUAACAAGCAAGUGAAUAGUAAGAAUGUGUUAUUGUACGUAAGGUAGAGGUGUUGGGGGAAUGUUGCUAAUGACCUCUUGAAUUCCACAUCACUGUGGAGCAGAGGCUGUUUGCAAUAGGCUGUUAAGUGAUUGUUGUACAAACUGACUUAAAGGAGGAGGAGAGAUCAGAAUGUUCUGAAUAUAGUGUAGGCUUACAUGUUAGCCAAGCCCUUUCUCCUUUAUGGUAACAGCUGAGGGAGAAACCAUUCUUUGCAUAUCUCAAACUAGUUAAACCUCUCACAGAAGACUUGAUACCAAAGCUCUCUGCUGGACAAAUAAGCCUUCUGUUGAACACACUGGAAUGGUUGCACUGCAUAACCUUCAUUUGGGUUUUGUGUCUUCUGGUACUCUGUGCAUCGUGUGGGCCUGAGAAAAGCAUAGAGGUGAUUUGGACAAAGGUGUGAGCAUGGUGCUGGGAGAGAUGAAGAAGAUGCAACAUGCAAUUCUGAUUGUCAUGUCUCA